CAGCAAAAUGGCCGACAUGCCUGAUCUGUCGCACCUUACGCAGGAAGAACGGGCCAUCAUCGAGGGCGUGAUGAUGCGCCAAAAGCAGGAGGAAGAACGGGAGAACGAAAUCAUGCGCCGCAAGCAGGACGAGGUGACCACGCUCGUCGACUCGAUCCGACAGAAGUCGGAACAGCAGAAGAAGGCGGGCGUCGAGCUGGAGGCAACGUGCCACAUCUGCCUCAAGACCAAGUUCGCGGACGGCAUCGGGCACAUCUGCCACUACUGCAACAUCCGGUGCUGUGCCAAGUGUGGUGGCAAGGUGACGCUCCGCAACAACAAGGUUAUCUGGGUGUGCAUCGUGUGCCGGAAGAAGCAGGAGCUCCUCUCGAAAACGGGCCAGUGGAUGAACAAGAGCACCAGCCCGGACGGAGUGAUGCGGGGCCAGGGCAUUGAUCCGCGGACGUUGCCCCAAACGAUGCUCGACCCGCACGACCCGUCCGACAAGCGGCCGAAGCUGGAGCGGGCCCGCAGCGCGGCGGAGAAGGAGAACAACCCGAUGCAGCGGGCCAACAGUCAGUUGCGGCGGCAGUACAGCCAGCAGGACCCGCCGACCCGCCGGUUGUCGCAGUCGGACGGCAUGGUGGACAUGAUGUCGCCGGACCCGCACCAGCUGCGCAUGCAGAUGGGCCACGGUCGAGGCGGUGGCGGCGGGAUGUACGGAGGCCAGGGACCGGGUGGCCCGUACGGCGGAGGAGGGGGCGGCGGCGGAUACGGGCAGCAACACUCGCAGCUUCCGCAGCCUCCGAUGGGGGGCGGCGGUGGUCCGUACGGGGCCGGCGGUCAACACUCCAUGACACCGCAGGUGCACAUAACGCACGCCGGAGGAGGUGGCGGCGGCGGAUCGAUGGGGGGCUACGGUCACGAGGAUCCCAGCUACUACCAGAGUGAAAUCGAGGACCUGAUGCGAACGCAUCCUCAUCUGGUGCAUCCGCGGCAGCAGCAACAUUACGCCGAGUCGCUGCAGUCUUCCGGCGUCUCCGGGCAUGGCAUGGGUGGCAGCGGCCACCUGGGCGGGUCGCACCUGCCGCCCGAACCGACCAAAUCCCACAAACGGCCCCUGGGCGGUCCCUACCUACCGCAGCAGCGGUCCUUCAGCAGCUCCGACGAGGACAUUCGCUCCACGCCGGAGUUCGAGGCCGGUCACCAAAGACAGUAUUUCGAUAAUCACACACGACUGAACGCUAACCUUAACGACUAUCGUGCAACAAAGCUGGACGUGCAGCAGCGCAAUAGCUACAAUCGUACCAACCACAACCGGUACCAGUCGCCGUCCCAGCAGCAGCAGCAGCGGCAGGAUCCGCUCCGCUACCACCAGCAGGACCUGGGGCCACUAGCUGACCACUACCACCAUCAGCCCCUACCGCAGGUGGUGGUGGUGGGCGACGGCACGAGUGCAUCGACGGCCUACGAUAGUAUUAACCAUCAGCAUCCGCCACACCAUCCCUCGUAUCAGUCAUCCCAGUCAUCAUCUCACCAUCACCACUCGGCCCCAGGAGGUAGCCCGGCCGGACCGGUGGCCCUAUCGCACCAUCAUCACGGCGGAAGCGGCGGCGGCGGCGGCGGUGGCGGUAGCAGUGGCGGCAGCAGCAGCAGCAGCCAGCACCAGCAGUACCCUCCGUACAUCGGCGGUGGCAGCGGCGGCGGCAGCAGCCACGGAGCCACGGUGGGGCACCAUCCGGUGGCGAACAGUGGGUCGCAGGGGCGCGGCUACGGCACCAGUCCGGCGGCGGCCGAGCAGCCGGACCUAUACUGGGACGAGCCGGCCGACAGCCGGCGCUUCACCGAGCGCAGAAAGAAGACGGUCCGGUUCGAUGGGCAGGACGCGGACGCCGACUGGUCCCGGUGGGAGUCGGAGCGGCAGGGCAGCCAGGACUCGGCCACCAAAGACUCCGGCAUCGACACCAGCAGCACGUUCACCAGUAGCGAAGACUCGAACCGUGGCGAUGGUCCCAAGAACCAGGUUAGCUGGCAGGUGUCGUCGGAUAGCGGCCGCAUGAUCGGACACAUGGUGCAGCGCAGAACCGUUGACGGCACUAACGAUGCACUCGAUCUGAAGGUACGCGGUGGCCUGGUGCUGCCCAGUACUACACGCGAGGCGCUCAUCGAGCUGGACAGUGCCCAUAUACCGAGGCCAGAGAGCUACGACCGGCGCGACAAACCGAGCGUCCUGGUGACGUCGCCCGGAUCGCCCGACUUGCACAGCGUGCGAAACUACUCGAGCGGCUCCGGCGGCGGCGGCCGGUACAGCAAUCGGCUCGCGCCGGCCACCACCGUGCCGCAGGAGAACAGUGUCGGCGGCCGGGUGCAGAUCAAGCUGGGCUUCGAGCCCAGCUCGCUGCAGCUGAUCGUCACCGUCCUGUGCGCCAACGGGCUCGUGCCGCGCGGCAACGGGGCGGCCCGCAAUCCGUACGUCAAGAUCUGCCUGUUGCCCGAUCGGAGCGAAAAGUCGAAGCGUCGCACCAAAACCCUCGCCCUCACGAACGAUCCCCGGUGGGGCCAGACGUUCGUCUACGAAGGGCUCCGCCGGGCGGACCUCAACAACCGGCUGUUCGAGGUCACGGUCUGGGACUACGUGCGGUACGGUGCGAACGACUUCCUGGGCGAGGUGAUCAUUGAUCUGUCCACGCACCCGCUGGACGAUGAGGCCGAGUGGCACAUCCUGCAGCCACACCAGGAGUCCCUGCGGGAUACUUUGCGUAGAGACGAUAAAGAACCGGGCCACGAAUUGGAUAUGAUAUUGACCCCGACCGAUCAUUUAUCGCCACCGAGCACGACCUCGCGCUUGAGCGACUCGGAUACGACCUCCGAAUGCGAUAUCGAUGGUUUGAUGACCGGACGGGACGGCGCUAGUGUAUCAUCCUUAGGCAGCUCAUCUAGUCCUCCGCCAGAGGUCGAUCUGCAGGAUAGACGAUCGAGACGGGACAUGUCCCCGCAGGGCCGGAAACGGGCGGCUGGCAUGGUAGCGAAGGACUAUCGGACGGUGUCUGGCGUUGGACAGGGCUUUCACAACCAGAUGAGCGCGGAGGUAUCGUCAGCCUACAGGCGCAACGGGACGAUGGCGAUGAAUCAGCGCAGCCAGUCGGCGGCACCGAGCGACAACUAUCGGGACGAUCGGCGGGACUCGCUAUCGCCGCAAGAUGAUAGAUACACAGAAUAUCCAGUUCUUCCACUGCAUCAGUAUGCGCCACGAUUUCAAUCACGGUCAGCGACAGCGACACCAACCGGGUCACCGAAGAAACGACAAUUACCACAAGUACCUCACAUGUCGCGGAACGCAGCCAUACGGGAGCGUUUCAUCCAGGACUUUGAGGAGCGCAGCGGCGGUCGGUUCGCGCGGCACCGGGGCCGACAGAGCCACCAUCAGCCGACGUACCGGAGCACCGGCAUGGGAGGCUGGGAACGGCACUACUCCGGGCUGUCCGACAGUGACUUGACGACGCAUUCGCUGGAGAGUAGAAUUAGGCCGAGACACUCACUGUCCCCGGACAAGGACUUCAUGGGUGACUUUGGCGAUUCCGACAUGGAAUCGGUAGUUAGUGUUACUUCAAGUGCUUUCUCAACCCAAUCGGAGCGGCCGCGCGGCUCCAAAGGAAUCAGGCAUGCUCAAGGCCGCCGGCAUCAGCACCGGAGCCUGCCGACCGGUUGGGCGACGACCUCACUGUGCGCGCUGCCGAGCGAGGAUCCGUUCCAACAGCAGCAGCCGCAACCGGCGGAGUAUGAACCGACGGUCCAGGGUAGUGUUGGGGCUCCCGCAGUAGUCGCUGGUGGCAGUAGUAUUGCUAGUUACCCCGAUGCGUCGAUCCCGGUAUCGCCGGCCGGUCAGCUGGCGGCUGGUGAUGGGGACGGCCCGACAGCAAUCCCGGAGGCGUACUAUAGCGAGCAGUGCAUCACGCUCGCCCCGGACAGUAGCACCAUCCAAAGCUUCGUGCACCAGCCGGGCAGCGAGAACGUGAUGACGCAGUCUCUGAACCUCUCCUCCAGCCAGCCGUCACCGUCGUCGGCCGUCGAUCCGGCGACUUCGUUCCAGUUUCAGUCCGGCUCGCUGCCGACGGAGCACUACUUCGGUGGUGGGGGGACUCGGGAUGUGAUGGACCCACUCGUUGUGGGGGACGAAACCGGGGGCUCGAUGCAAAUGGGUGGUCCGCGGGGAGGUCCCUUCGGUCCGGGUCCGAUUCCGGGCGGGUACCAGCAGCGCCGUCGCCCGAUGGCGAUGCGUUCGAACACCUCGGAACCGAACCUCAACACGAUGAUUGUGGCGAGGCAGCGAAUGGGACGGCCGGGACCAGAAGGGGCCCAGCAGCAGCAGGGCGCUUUUGGAUACCCGCAGCCACCGCCGACCAAUCAGAUGAUCUCCAUAUCAAAUCGCUACCAAGCGCAUCCAGAUCUCGGCUACCCGGGUGCGUCCGGUACGAACCAGAUCAUUCUGAAGUCGUCAUACUCGGACCAAAACCUCGAGAACCGUAUAGUGUACGACCAGUGCGGUGGCGGUGGUGGUCCCGGUGCUGGGGGUCAAAAUAUCUGCAUUUCGAACAAGAAGGUGUACGACCCGGCCACGGGCUACCAGAACCAGACGAUCACCUGCAUCCGGAGCAGUGUGGAGAGUCUGGCGGGCGAGAACAACUUCCGGUACACCCAAGCCAACCAGGGCGGGACCACGGUGUGCGAAAUCAGUCAGCCCAGGCCGGCGUUCCGGGCGGUGCGAAAUUACGCGACGCCUGAGGACUCCGGGCCUGUGCCGGCUCUGGAACAGCCGGUUGUGGCUGGAGUCGCCGGCCCCAACUAUUUUGCCAACUAUGGCCACACCAGGGACUGGCUACCUGCCAGCCAGCAGCUGCCAGCGCCACCCAUUGAAUAUCCGUUGCCGGAGUACCGGGCAGAGCGGCCGGGCUCCUGGGUCGAGCCGACCCCAGCGUAUCUGGCGUACCGGCCGGACCCGGUGAUCCAGGCGCGGGAGAAGAUCGCUCGCUCCCACUCACUGGUCGCCGAGGAUCGGAUUGUCGACAUCGAGUACGACUCCGACACGGGCUGGAAGACAAAGGCCGUCCGGAAGAAUGUGUUCGCGGCCAGCCGAAGCACCAGCACCGACGUCAGCCAGUACUACCGCAAGCGGACCCGUUCGCUGGGUGGUAGCGGCGCUGAGACAAGCGGUGAAGACCACGGAGUGGAGCUUGCAGUUGGGGUGCGUAGCAGGAAGAGUAGCGCCGGGUCCAGGGGCAGCCUCGAGCGUAGCAGCUUAAAGCUGGACCUUGCGGCGGACUCCGGGAACGGAGACGAGCACCAGCGCUCCCACUCUUCGAAGGUCACCUCUGAUCUGAAGACCAAGGAGACCAAGGAGAAGCCGAAGCCGGAGGGUCAGAAGCCAGCGGCGAAGCUGCCGGCAGGCACCCGGGCCAGCACGAUGGUCAAGUCCAAGUCGACCACGUCGACCAAGGCAAAGGGUAGCAAAAGUCCGGCCAAGUCUGGUGGUUCGUUGAAAAAGUCUGGCUCGGUGAAGGCGAAGCCGGCGACGGCGAAGAACGCUUCGUCGGCCUCGAAGGCUUCCGGGUCGAAGCCGCUGGCGAAGCCGGCGAAGGAACCGAAGGCCAAGUUCGGGGCGAUAGAGACAGGCCACGAAACGAAGCGGAGCACACUGGGAGCUGCCGGUGGCAGGUCGGCGUCGGAUAGCAGGGGCCGGGUGGAUGAGCUCAGGUCGGAGUCGGCGGGCGGCGUACUGUACAGCAGCUCGGAGUCGAUCAAGUCGAUUAUCGACGAGGUACGACUGGAGCUGCUGCAGAAGCCCAAGACGACGGUGUACCUGAGCGACGACGGCAGCCCAACGGCCGGCCUGCAUCGUAGCCACUCGUUCAGUGACGAUCGCAUGGACGGGCAAUACGGUGGUCGCCGCCGGAUGAUGCCGGACGGCGAAGAGGGUGAGAUUUUUCCCAAGUGCAAGUCGCGCAGCUCGAGCGUGGCUUCGUCGGUGGGGAUCGACGAGCACCGACUGGGGCGGGGCCGUCGCCACGUGAAGGGCUACGACGACUACGACUACGAGGGCAACGAGGGCGACGACGACGAGGUGUUCGAGAGUUCGUUCUCGCGCGGCCGGAACGCCUCGUUCAAUGGGAAGUCGUCGUUACGGCACCGGGACAGGGCCGGGUAUGGUACGCGCCGGACCAGUAGCCUGGAGGGUUUGGACCAGUUCCAGGCCAACCUACGCCGGGAGCGGGGAUCGGGUAAGAGCGACAGUGCCCGGCACAGCUCGGUCAGCAUCAACGAGCAGCCGGAGUACUUCGAGUACGUCCGAUCCCCGUCGACCCCGCAACAGGAGGGUACCACCGUGGGUGGUGGUGGUAGAGGGAGUAGUGACCCCCGUAUCGCUAGCCGUAGGCAAACCGCUAACUAUGCUUCUCCCCUUCCCGCUCCGAAAUCCUCCAAUGGUGUCGCGCUGCUGCAAACGGAACCGAAACGUCCGUCGAUGAAAAAACCGACGUCCGGGACGUCGCCAUCGAACCAUCGGUCCCGAUCGCACGAACCGCGGACGGCCGGCAGUGAGUACGAUGUGCGUGGCCGGAACCGCUACAGCGGGCACAAUGGGGGCCGGGACGCGGCGUACCGGCACCGGGACCGGGAGCGGGACCGUGACCGGAACAGCAGCGACCACGAGCGGGACCGCGACCUGAGCGACCGGGAGCAGCGGGAGUCGCACGAGCGCACCGAACUGGACCAAAGUCUUUCGAAUACCGAGGGAACACCGGAGGAUAAGAUAGACGGUAGCCUGAGCGACACGGCGGUGAUACAGAGUCUGGAUGCACGACGUAAGUUGGACCAACGAUCGCCGAAGAGCGAAACGCCGACCCGGGACCGGGACCGGUUCGGCACCGGGAUGGGCAUUAAGAGUAACUCCACCUCCCAGCUGUCGGCAACAGGUCGUAAGCGACGCAUGGGUUUUGGUAAGCGUGGCAAAAACUCGUUCACCGUGCACCGCAGCGAGGAGGUGCUCCCCGGGGAGGUGCGAGGCGGCUGCGGCGGUGGUGGCGGCGGUGGUGGCGGUGGCGGCGGCCUAUCGCGGGGCUCGUCCGCCUCCAGCGACGGCGAAGGCAGUGCCGACGGUGACAGGUGGUCACCGUCGUUGCGCGUAGCGGGUGAUACCGGACCUUUGUCGGACUUCAUCGAUGGUUUGGGACCAGGACAGCUAGUUGGACGCCAGGUACUGGGUGCUCCUGCCUUAGGUGAUAUUCAACUGUCUAUGUGCUAUCAGAAGGGUUCGUUAGAGGUUGAAGUGAUAAGAGCAAGAGGAUUGCAGGCACGUCCUGGCUCAAAAGUACUUCCAGCGCCUUACGUUAAAGUGUAUCUAGUUUCCGGUAAAAAAUGUAUAGAAAAAGCAAAAACAACGACUGCUAGGAAAACGUUAGAUCCACUAUAUCAGCAACAACUAGUGUUUAGAGAACCGUUUGCAGGUUGCAUACUUCAGGUUACCGUGUGGGGGGACUACGGUCGGAUGGAGGGCAAGAAGGUAUUCAUGGGCGUAGCCCAGAUAAUGCUGGACAACCUCAACCUGUCCCACAUCGUCAUCGGCUGGUACAAACUGUUCGGCACGACGUCCCUGGUCAGUGGGCCACCCAGUCUGGGCCUGUCUAGACGAUCCUCGAUCGCAUCACUCGAUUCACUCAAGCUGUAA